AUGUCAGAGACACAACUGCCGUCACAGGCUGCAGAACCUCGAGUUCAUGAAGGUAAAUUGGCUAUUGUCACUGGGUCAGCCAGAAGUAUUGGGGCUGGAAUAGUUAGAAAGCUGGCAAGCAAAGGCUGCAAUAUUGUUAUCAACUAUGCUACUACAAGCUCUGAUGAUGCCGCAGCUACUCUCAAAGCAGAACUCGAAUCGAAACAUCGUAUAAAAGCGAUAACCGUGCGUGCAGAUAUUAGUACAUCUGCUGGAUGCGAACAGAUUAUUGCUGCGGCGAAAGAGAAUUUCAAGAACUCCAACACCGGUGCUCUACAAGUCGAUAUACUCGUACACAAUGCUGCAGUUUUAUAUAUCGGUCCCCUGGAGAGUGUUAUCGAAAAAGAAUUUCACCACAUCUACGCUGUCAAUGUGUUGGGCCCUACGCUGUUGACAGCAGCUUGCAAGCCCUUCCUACCCACCGAUCGUUCUGGUCGUAUUGUGAUGAUGUCUAGCAUCAAUAGCAAAAUUGGGACGCCGCACACAACAUUGUACUCAGGUACGAAAGCGGCGAUGGAGGCAAUGACUCGUGUGUGGGCCAGAGAAUUGGCGGAGAGGGCAACUGUUAAUGCUAUAAAUCCUGGGCCUGUUAUGACUGACAUGUAUUUGUCUGCUUCUGAGGAGGUCAAACAGGGUCUGGCUUUGUGGAAUCCAUUGACGCCAUUGGCCCCAGUCAGAGAAGUCGACAGUCCAGAAGUCAGAGAAUUGGGCAAUCGGUUGGGUGGAAGGCCAGCUUAUGAUCAUGAGAUUGCAGGCAUUAUAGCCAUCAUCUGCGAUCCAGAUUCAUCGUGGAUGACGGGAAGUUUGAUAAGUGCUAAUGGUGGACUAUCUUUCAGCAUGUAA